AUGAUUGAAAUCCCCAGAGAUUACGAACAAUUAAAUUCAUAAUAGAGACUAGAGAUAUUGCAAUUUUAUUUCGAAACUAUUGUUUCAGAAUAUACAUCGUUUAACCACUCUUAAUUUAUAUAUCCUCUUUAUCAAACGUUUUAAGUCUAAUUAAACCAACAAAUGAGAUCAUUAUCAAAUUAAGAUGAAGUUUAUGAAUCAUUUAAAAAUCUUUAGAAAAAAGCCACGGAAGAUUCCACAAUCCAAGAGAUGUUAUUCGAAUAUGAUGAAUUCAUUCAUCCCAUUAAAAUCCAAGCUCUACCUAAAUUAAUAAAAUAAAAAUAAACAAAACCAAAAAGUGACAAAAAAGCAGCCAGUUGCAUCCUAGACGAAUAACCAAUCAAGCAUGAAUUCAUAAUGACCGGCUCCUAAUCCAUGAUGGUUAAUUAAAAUAGGGACAGAGUCCGUAGUAUAUCCGAAUUAGAUGAUGACUUAAAAUUAAAUGUGAUUAGAGAGUUCGAUGAGAAGAGUUACAUUUCUUAAAUUAAUUUUGAAAGAAGUCCUCAAAGUGAUUUGAAAUCUGUCAUUGAACAAAGAAUGGAACAGUCCCAAAACCAUUAUUUCAAUGAGGCUCAAUUGGAUGACGCAUACUAUGUAAUUCAAUAGGCUAAGGCUGAGAUUUAGAACAAUCAACAAUUAGAAGUUUGGUUCUAAGAAGUCUAUGGAGAUUUCAUUGAUAUGAUACAAGACAAAUAUGUCACCAUGUAGCAUAAUCUCAAUGAGUUAGAUUCAGAUGGAUGGGUCAUUGAAAAAAACACUAAAUAAUUAGUAAUCAAAUAUAAAAUUGACUCCAAAAAUUCAACAGUAACUCUUUUUAUGGAUUCAGUCUUCGAAGCCAACAUCACUAAAUUAAUGGCUUUAAUCAAUGAAAUUGAACUCUAUCAAAAUUAUGUACCUUUUUGUGUCAGAUCAUCCAUGCCUAAAAGGAUCGGAAAAUGUUGCAAGAUUUGUGAUAUUCAAGUCUACUUUCCCUUGAUCUCAGAUAGGAAAGCUGUCUUUGUUGGAGAAGGCAUCGAUAGACUCAACAUUAACGGAACCAUUGUUUUUUUAUGUAAAUCUGUUGAUAAUAAUCCUGAAUUUCUUAAAUUACAUAAUGUAGAUUUAUCAAAGGAUAAAGGAAAGUUUGUAAACUUGAUACUUAAUUAUUAUGUUUUUGAACUCACACCACUUAGUGAUAAUAAAUGUAGAGUAAGGGCUGUUACUAAUUCAGAUCCUUAAUGUAGAUACGUUCCAAAAGCCUUGGUAGCACUUGUAGCUAGAAAAAUGGCAAGCACCUUGUUUGAAAAAAUGUAAAAGAUUACCUAGAAUUUCGCCAAAAGCCCCUGGUAUCCAAAAUAUCUUGAAAAUUAAGAAUUUUAUAAUUGGAUUGACAAUAAAGUAACCAACCACUUUUCUAAACAAUAAAAUUGAUUAAUUCUCUUUAUUUAUAUAAUAAUUAUUAAUUAUUUUGU